AACCGAGGAAACAGUCUCGUGUUGCUGCGGUCCAGGUGGCGCUGUGAGGCGUUGCCAGGGCAACGGGUCUGAUCCGCACUCUGAUCCUUUGAUCCUUCUCGCUCGCCAUGCCGCUCCUUCGGGUCCCGCCGCUCUUCGGGGUUCUGCUGGUUCUGUGGCGCGCCCUGGCGGGUUCGGGGCCUCCGCCGGUCGGCCGCCACCCGCUCCCCGUCCUCUGGAUGGUUCCGGUCAGUUCUGAAGGGGGCGGGGCCAACGCCACCACCGGGCUGACGCUGGCUGUCCGCAUGGCUCUGGACGACCUCAACGGGCGAGCGGCGCCGGCGCCCCUGGGCCGGUACCACAUACAGGCAGACGUCAUCCGGGCGCAGUGCGACCUUUCAUCAUCCCUCAAAUCUCUCUUCGAUGCCGUGUGGGCGGGGCCAAAGUACCGGCUCCUGCUGGGAGGGGCGUGUCCUUCGGUGGCGGCGCAGCUCGCUCGGGCUCUGCCGGCCCUCCGGAUGGUUCAGGUGUCCUACGGCCCGGAGGCGUCCUGGCUGUCCGACAGGAAGCGGUACGGGAACGCGUUCGACGCGACGCCGUCGGGUCGGGCCGUCAACCUGUCGGCCGUGCGGCUGCUUCGGCGCUUCGGGUGGACGCGCGUCGGCCUGCUGGCGCAAGACGCGUCCUCGGAGAUGACGACGGACUUGAUGAAUCGCGUGACGGCGGCCGACGUCCAGCUGGCGUCGGUGAGGACGCUCCCGGACCACGACUGCGGCGCCCUCGCGGAGAUGAAGCAACUGGACGUGCGCGUCGUCGUCGUCGUCCUCGCCGGAGCCGACGAAGACGAAGAUUCCCUGGCUCGAGUUUUCUGCUGCGCCUCCAGGCUGACGAUGUUCGGCGCACGCCACCGGUGGAUGGUGGCGGGAGGACGGCCGAGACGGCGGACCGACUUUCGGGCUCCCGGCUGCGCCGCCCACCGCGUCGCGGCGGACGGCGCCAUCUGGCUGCCCGCCGCGGGUCUCGCCCACUCUGACACGCCGGGAGUUUCUGGACGGACCCGUCGGGACUUCGAGCGCGCCUACCUGCGGGAGGUCCGGCUCCGGCCGGGGGUCCGAGCCAGCCCCCUCGCCGCGUACGCCUACGACGCCACGUGGGCGGCGGCCGUCGCCUUGAGCCACCUGACGGAGGCGCUGGAACGCCGCCGUGAUUUCCACAGAAACACCGAGGUCGGUGAGGCGGAGGCGACCGGCGCCCUGAGGGACGCCGUGGCACGCACGCACUUCCGAGGCGUCACGGGGCCGGUGUCCUUCCGUCGUGGCCGACGACGCUGGCCCGUCCGCGUCUUGCAGACUCAAGGUUCCGCUGGCGUGACGGUGGGCGAGUUGGACACGACGACCAAUCAGCUGCGACUCUCCGAGCGACUCCUGAAGUUCAAAGGUCGGUCUCGGGCGCCCGAGGGCGACGUCCUCGUCUACGGCGUCCUGUCGGCGGUCGCCACGGUGACAGCCGCCGUCUCGCUGGCCGUGCUCUGCGGCGCGGCCGUUAAGCGGUCGCGAGACGCGCUGACGACGGCCGUCCUCCUGUCCGCCGCGUCCGUGGUGGCCGCCGCCCCCGACGACGGCGACUUCUUGGCCCGAGAGACGACGGACGCGCUCUGCUCGCUGCGUGCGUGUCUGCUGUGGGCGUCGCACACUCUGGCGUCGGCGUCGCUCUUGGCCCAGACGUGGCGCCGCGCUUGCGGCGGCGGCGAAGUCCCGUCCGCCUUCCGGCUGGCGUUCCUCUUGACCUCGGUCGACGCCCUCCUUUUAUGCGCCUGGCGGACGGCGGACAGGUCACGGGUCGGUCAGGUCCCCCCGACCCCCGCCGGGAAGGCGGCGGCGCGGCUUCUUGAAACCCUCGACCCGCUUUUUCAGAGCGACCGGGCUCGUCCGUGGACGACGUCCGAACGCUGCGGCGCCGACCGCGGGGACGCCUGGACCGCCGCCCUGUGCGCGUACAAAGCGCCCCUGGUGGUUGUCGGCUGUUGGCUGCGAUGGUCGCUGCCUGCCGGAAGUCGCGGCGCGUGGCCGGCGUGCGCGUUGUGGGCGGCCCUCUCGGUGGCUUCGGCGCCGCCUUUGCUGUCCCGCGAUCGUUGGCUCGACUUCUGUGUCGUCAGCGUUUUGGUGCUCGCCUGCGACGUCGUCGUCCUCGCCGCGGCCUUCCUACGCAACCCAAUUGAAUCGGGCGCCGACGGCGGGUCGGGGGCGGAGACAGGAUGUGAGAAGCUCGAGCGGCGACUGGAACAUCAAAUAGCUGAGUUGGACACACAAAUACGCGAGCUGACCGCACGACUUUGUGACGCGGAGGAGGCGGAGCUUGUCCCGCAACAGACAGGAAGUGACGGCAGACGUGACGUCGGCAACGGUGACGUCAACUCUCCCGAGCUCGUCCGUCGCCGUCUGUCGGUGCAACUUCCCAUCCUGCACCUUUCCUAUUUUGCUGCCGUGGGCGGAGUCAGCGCCAGUAGCUCCGCCCACUUCGCCAGCGGGGACGCUUAGCCUCCGAAGCUCUGGGAGGUCAUUUCAUUUUUGCAAUUAUUUCAUCACGGCUCCUCAAUUAUUUUGUUAUUGUUUGAUAUUUUUACAAUUUGUUAUUGUUCUUUUGAGUAAAUACCCUUCAGUAAAUAUCCAAAAUGUUCUAUCAUAAUUUAGCUAUUCAGUAUUUAAUAUUUUCUCGAGUUGAAUACUUGUAUUCAGUGUUUAAAUACUUUUUAAUCAUCAAUUAUAGUCUUUUAUAUACAAAUUUGUAUUGAGUGAAUCUAUCAUGUAAUUACUGAAUACUCAUUUGUUGGUUUGCCACUAUUUUAUCUAUAAGUAAAAUGUUUACUGUUCUCAA